GGCAACCGGGAAAAGGAUCCCCAACAAAACCGCCACUCCCGGAUCCUCGUCGCGCCGGUGAGAAAGAAUGGUGGACAUUUUCACUGGGCAUUUCCUGGUGAACCGGGACGGCCAAGUCGUGGAUCCCGAGCAAGCGCUGCAGAACAAGAUCGUGGGCUUGUACUUCUCGGCCGCCUGGUGCUCCCUGUGCCGGGAUUUCACGCCGAUCCUGUGCGACUUCUACAGCGAGUUGGUGGAGGAUGCGCCCUCGCCGGCGCCCUUCGAGAUCGUGUUCGUCUCGUCGGACCGCAGCCGAGAAGAGAUGGUGGAUUACAUGCAGAACACGCACGGGGAGUGGCUGGCGGUGCCUUUCCACGACACCUUUAAGCAUGAGCUGAAGAAGAGAUACAACAUCACAGCCAUUCCUAAACUUGUGAUUGUUAAACAAACUGGAGAAGUCAUCACCGAUAAAGGAAGGAAACAGAUAAGGGAACGGGGACUCAACUGCUUCCGAAACUGGCUGGAAGGGGCAGACGUCUUUCAGAAUUUCUGCAGCUGAACCAGUGGUGGGAUUUGCAGACAAAGUUAGCUUAGCUAAAUCCUUUGUACAUUCAGAAUUCCCACCUUCACAACUAGGCCAAGCAGAGAAAUGGCUUUUUCUUCGGAUGGUAUCUAAACCAAGUCAUACCCACGGCAGUCCCAUUGAAAUGAAUGGACGCGACUAACUGUGGUCCAUUGCUUUCAGUGGAUCUACUCUGAGUACAACUUAGUUGGAUACACUCCUUUGUUUGAAUGUCCUUUUGCUUUAUUUAGAAUUCUGUGUGACUGGAAGAGUUAAGCAUAGCUGGGUCCAAUGCACUCUUCCAUCUGUUUUGUAUUAUUUAUGCUUUUAUUACAUAGAAUAUAACCAAAGCUGAAGAAUUUGGUAAAGGCUAGCUUUAUCUAGGAAAGAGGAUUUUGGCAGUCAGAAAGAGUGCCCUCUCAGAUCUCUGCAAGCCUGUUAGUUUUACAAAGGUAAAAACUCUACAGGGAAAACUAUAUUUCUUGGCAAGAAGACUUUUUUGGAGUAUUGGUUUAUAAUUUAUAUUACUAA